AUGUCUCUCGCUGGGUUGAUUCCAUGUCCUUACUUGGUGGGUUGCUUCGGUGGGUUGCUUCGACUCAUGCCUCAUGGACUCAUGCCUCAUGGACUCAUGCCUCAUGGACUCAUGCCUCAUGGACUCAUGCAUCAUGGACUCAUGCCUCAUGGACCCAUGCCUCAUGGACUCAUGCCUCAUGGACUCAUGCCUCAUGGACCCAUGCCUCAUGGACCCAUGCCUCAUGGACCCAUGCCUCAUGGACUCAAGCCUCAUGGACUCAUGCCUCAUGGACUCAUGCCUCAUGGACUCAUGCCUCAUGAACUCAUGCCUCAUGGACUCAUGCCUCAUGGACUCAUGCCUCAUGGACUCAUGCCUCAUGAACCCAUGCCUCAUGGACUCAUGCCUCAUGGACCCAUGCCUCAUGGACUCGUGACUUAUGGACUCAUGCCUCACGGACUCAUGCCUCAUGGAUUCAUGCCUCAUGGACCCAUGCCUCAUGAACACAUGCCUCAUGGACCCAUGCCUCAUGGACUCAUGCCUCAUGGACUCGUGCCUCAUGAACCCAUGCCUCAUGGACCCAUGCCGCAUGGACCCAUGCCUCAUGGACCCAUGCCGCAUGGACACAUGCCUCAUGGACUCAUGCCUCAUGGACUCAUGCCUCAUGGACACAUGCCUCAUGGACACAUGCCUCAUGGACUCAUGCCUCAUGGACUCAUGCCUAAUGGACACACGCCUCAUGGACCCAUGCCUCAUGGACACAUGCCUCAUGGACCCAUGCCUCAUGGACUCAUGCCUUAUAGACACAUGCCUCAUGGACUCAUGCCUCAUUGA